CUCUGCCUGUGUUUUUAGGCCUGGGGUCCACUUGAUUUAAGUUAGGACCAUAGCUGAUGUUGCCUAGAUUUGGGCAAUAUCUUUUUUUCCUGGAGUUCAGGAGGAAGGACUCUGUAAAACAGCUCACACACUGAGGUUCAUGAUAUGACUUAAUCUGCUCUGCUGAGACUACCUAGACAGAAGCGUAUUUAUUAACAGCAAGCAGGUUGCUAAAUUGAGGCAAUGGGAAGCCUGAGUAAACUGCCAUGGAAAAUAAGUCGCCUCUACUGUCACAGUCACCUUCCUCUUGUUGCUGGUUAUUGGAAAGGAUCAAUUUCUAAAGAAAAAUACAAGAAAGGCAGACUUUCCACAUGUACUCAUAUUAGAAGUAUUGGGACAAGUGUCCCUGUGAGUAGAAGCCAAGUCAUUCCAAAUUCAAAAUCACCAGAAACGCCACUUCUGAAGCAGUUAAAAGCUCGCAUCAAAUUGUCAGGACCUUUGACAGUUUACGAUUACAUGAAAGAAGUACUAAUCAAUCCAGUCGCAGGAUAUUAUGCAGCCGGUCAGGAUAUGUUUGGAAGCCAGGGAGACUACAUCACUUCACCCGAGAUAUGUCAGAUGUUUGGUGAAGUGUUAUGAUAUUGUUCUCCAGCUUGUAGGUGUGUGGGUCUACAGUGAAUGGUACAAGUUGGGAUCACCCAAGCCACUGCAGCUAGUGGAACUGGGACCUGGACGUGGCACUCUCAUGCAAGACAUUCUAAGGGUUAGUUUCAUUAU